AAUCCGCGCUGGAGAAGGUGGUGAGUGCGUCGGGCAUCGCAGUGACUGACGAUGAUCUGGUGUGCGGGGGAUUCCUCUUCAUGAUCUCGUGCGACGCCCAGGGCCGUGUGACCGGCGUGUUGCUCCCCCAAAUGCCUGACAUUCCAACGGAAAUUGUCCAACUCUCCCGCCUGGAAUCCCUGAGCAUGGAGGGGGUUAAUGAAAUGCCCAGCCUGCCUUCUGUCCUCGGCGCUCUCACUGCACUCACCCACCUUAACCUGAUCUCAGCUGUCAGUGGCGGCACCAUCCCUGCAUCCUUCACCCGACUUAAGAAGAUGCGGCGUUUAGUCCUGUUGAAUAACAACCUGGAGGGCGACAUUCCUCCCUUGCUCUCUUCGCUCACUGCUCUCACACACCUGUCCCUCAAUUCUAACAAGUUUUCCUCCUCCAUUCCUGCUAAAAUCUCCAAGCUUCAGAAGCUCGUUACACUUGAUCUAUCGCGCAACCAGAUCUCCGGCUCCCUGGCCCCCCUCACAGCCCUGCCGCAGCUCACCAAGCUCAAUCUCGAAUUCAAUCUGCUCAACGGAAGCCUGCCAAGCUCCAUCUCUAAAUUCAAGAGGCUCAAAGAGCUGUCUCUUACAGCCAACAAGAUCAGUGGUCCUGUGCCUCGAGCCAUCUCAAGCCUCUCUAACCUCGUACUGUUGUACCUGGGAACCAACAACUUCACGGAUACCAUCCCAUCUUCCAUCGGCUCUUUGAGGAAACUCAUUGCCCUGGACCUGGCAUACAACCCCAUAUCAGGCAGCCUGCCAGCAGCCAUGGGCUUCCUCAAAUCCCUCAGAAUGCU